AUGGAGCUCCAGCUCAAAGUAAUUAAUUUGCCUUGCUUUUUGCAAAAAAGAGAUUCCCCCAUCGAGUGGACUGAAAGCCACGAUAUGGCUUUAUGCAAGAAGGUGCUGCUUCAGAAUCCCUUCCUGGCCCAAAAGAAAACCGUUCAGCGAGCUGCAAUUUGGCAGAAGACAGCUGAUGAGCUGGUGUCCUUGAGACGUCCAAAGUUUAAAGUAACACUCACUAAAAGAUCUUUCCAAGACAGACUGUUGUUGAUUAUCACCAAACACAAAAGAAUGGCCAGAGAGAAGAGGAAGUGGAACUAG